CUCUGACACGAAGAGCAGCUCUAUUUACCGUCGAAACACCGAUAGAUAAAAAGAGGACGAUUCUAUUCKGUCUUCCUUCCAGACCAGAGACCCUCAAUUUCAAUUGCACUACUACAUUUCGCUUAUCAGAAAGGAUGAAUGCUGAGGCGAUCAAUUGCUCGUCGUUCGGUGUAGAAGAGGGAUCUUUUCCGUGCGAUGCAACUCCUAUCGAGGCCGUUUCGCUUGGAAUCGCUUCCGGUGGAGUAGCCUUGAUCUUCUCAAUUAUUCUUGCUGCUAAUGUACGUAGUUCCUGUAGUUUAUUCCGGAAGCAUCGAAAACGAAAAUGGUUGAUCGAUCGUUUCCGUUACCAACAUGAGUAUCUAAACGAACGUCGUUCUCUUAUUUUUGUUUGCAUCGCUGCAUCUUCGAUUAUGUCACAGGUAAAGCAAUCAGAGAGAGGAAAUACGACGAUGAAUCGAAUUUCUGACAAAAUCAACUCAGGAGCCCGUGCAUUUCUUCUGACAGAGUAUACAUUCUUAGCAAUUUUCGUCGCGAUCAUAUUUUGUGCGCUAUUCACUCUGUACGCACUUGACCCACCUUCGGGUACCAACUGGUUCGACGGACUCCGAUACUCUCUAGCUUUCUUGUUUGGAGCGUCCCUCUCGGCCUUUUCUGGGUGGAGAGGCAUGAUGGCAGCGACCGAUGCUAACGUCCGAACAGCAAAUGCGGCCGAUAAAGGUGGACUUAAUGCGGCCUUGCGUGUUGCGUUUACCGGUGGAUCUGUGACUGGGUUUGUUGUAGUAGGAAUGGGCCUUGCGGGUUUGUCUGUUGCUCUUUUCUGUUUAACCCUGGGUUAUAGCAACUUUAACCAAACGGAAAAACUCAUCAUUGCAUCCGACACUCUUGCGGCGUUCGGCUUCGGUGCAUCAUCUAUUGCGCUUUUUACUCGUGUGGCCGGUGGAAUUUACACCAAAGCGGCUGACGUUGGUAGGUCCCCAUGUUGCCCAUUGAAUAGAAAUUAGCAAGGAAAUUCGAAUGUUGGUGAACAAUCCUUUGAAAGACAGUAUUUCUCUCAUGUUUACCCUCWAUGUGUCUCGUUUUCUCUUCCUGUCUCCUCAUCUUCGCUUACAUUAAAGGUGCUGAUUUGGUUGGUAAGGUCGAAAUGGAUAUCCCUGAAGAUGACGCUCGUAAUCCUGCUGUCAUAGCUGACAAUGUUGGAGACAACGURGGUGAUGUUGCCGGAAUGAGUGCAGAUCUAUUCGAGUCUUUCGUUGGUUCGAUCAUUGCUGCUGUCGCACUAGCAAAUGGAGAUAUCGGUAAGUCACUUCGAUAGCAUUUUGAUGUUUUAGUGCGACAGAGAAGAUUUAUUUCGAGUUUGGUGCUAUCUUCUCACGAGCAUCCUAAAUUGACACCAAAUUUUCUGGAACAGUAUUAGUCAUGCUGCCAUUGUGGGUGGCGGGAAUCGGAAUCAUCGCAUCGAUGGCCGGGUAUUACGUAGUAGGCACAAAAGACGACGCAUCUCAAAAAGAGAUGCUAUUCGCACUUCACAARGGCACAUGCGUUGCAUCAAUUAUUAUCCUCGGGUUCUCUGCGCUUAUCAUGUUCUUUUUCUUCGAAGGACGCGAAAGUGAUGGCUGGGCUAUUUUUGGAUGCAUCUCCAUCGGGCUUUUCGCUGGAGUCUUAAUUGGUCAAGUCACAGAAUACUUCACUUCUUAUUCAUACUGGCCGACUCAAUCGAUUGCCGAAGCUGGUAUCACUGGUCCAGGAACUGUUGUCAUCCAAGGACUGGGAAUCGGUAUGAUUUCGACGGUUUUACCCGCGAUAAUACUUGUCGUCACAAUUCUUUCCUGCAAUGCGCUGUAUUCAUCGUACGGCAUUGCCAUGUCAUCUGUAGGUAUGUUGAGUACACUCAGUUUCACUCUUGCCACCGACGCCUAUGGACCAAUUGCUGAUAAUGCUGGUGGCAUUGCGGAAAUGGCACAUAUGGAAGGUCGUGUCCGUGAGACAACCGACGCACUUGAUGCUCUCGGAAACACUACUGCUGCUACUGGAAAGGGCUUUGCCAUUGGAUCGGCUGUUUUGACUGCGAUCUCUUUGUUAGCUGCAUUCAAAGACAAGGCCGGAAUAGAAAAUGUCGAUAUUGGAGAUCCGAUAGUCCUGAGCGGGGUUCUCAUCGGUGGCACUCUACCCUUUGUUUUUGCUGGCCUCACGAUGCUGUCGGUACGAAAGGUAAGGAGAUAGUACGAGCAUAUGAUCCUCGCCUUAUUUUUAUURCUGGUAUAGAACCAUUCUUAUUUCGUUAUUCUUUUUCCUCGCGAAGACUGCCGGCGCUAUUAUUGAUGAAGUUCGUCGUCAAUUUCAAGAUACUCCAGGUUUGCGAGAGGGAACCGCUGAAGCUGAUUCAGAUAGGUGUGUGGAAAUCUCGACCAAAUUCUCACUCCAAGAAAUGAUUCUCCCCGGUAUCUAUGCAAUCCUUUCGCCGGCCACUAUUGGAUUCUUGGUUGGUCCAAACUGCCUUGCGGGCUUACUUGGAGGGUCCAUCGCAUCUGGUAUGAUGUUGGCUACUAUGAUGGCAAAUGGUGGAGGUGCUUGGGACAACGCAAAGAAGUACAUUGAAAUUGAAGGAGCUCAUGGAGGAAAAGGGACGGAUAUACAUAAAGCAUGUGUCGUUGGUGACACUGUGGGAGAUCCCUUCAAAGAUACUAGUGGUCCUUCGCUGAACAUCCUGAUUAAACUGAUGAGCAUUAUUGCCUUGACAAUCGCGCCAUCGAUGAAUGGAGUUGGUGACUGGGAGACCGCUCUGUGGGGUCUAAUUCCUUUAUCCGUCAUGGUUCUUGGAACUGUUCUUGUGUGGUUUUUCUUUUGGCGAGAUAACAAGGAGUUGUUAGACGGUACAAACGACCUGGAACUAACAGCCCAAGAUCGACCACUAUCAAAAGUUAUUUAAUCAAGCAGCCGUGCACCUACAAACGCCAUUAUCCUUUCUGUCAACAAAGUACGAGUACACAACUCACUUACUGUUUAGUUGUAAUCACUAAGUAAUAAGGAGCAUUGAAAACU